UACGACUCGAGCCGUAUUUCGACGCAACGUGGAGUUGUUUACUCUUUCUGACAGUCGCCAGCGGGGAAACAACCGGCCGGAAUCCCGCAGACCGGCACCUCUGCGUUGGACGCUCGACCGAGUCCCUGAAGGAAGCGAUGGGGAAACCAAAGAAGAAGAGUGACGUCAGCCGCGCCGAGCUGAUGAUGAUGACCAUCGCUGACGUGAUCCAGCAGCUGGUUGAAGCCCACGAGGAGGGAAAAGACAUCAACCUCAACAAGGUGAAGACCAAGACCUCAGCCAAGUACGGCCUGGAAGCCCAGCCCCGCCUGGUGGACAUCAUCGCCGCCGUUCCCCAGCACUACCGCCGCGCCCUGGUGCCCAAACUCAAGGCCAAGCCCAUCCGCACCGCCAGCGGGAUCGCGGUGGUGGCCGUGAUGUGCAAACCGCAUCGAUGUCCGCACAUCAGCUUCACGGGCAACAUCUGUGUCUACUGUCCCGGCGGGCCGGACUCUGACUUUGAGUACUCCACGCAGUCGUACACCGGCUACGAGCCCACGUCCAUGAGAGCGAUCCGAGCGCGCUACGACCCCCACCUGCAGACCAGACACCGCGUGGAGCAGCUGAAGCAGCUGGGUCACAGCGUGGACAAGGUGGAGUUCAUCGUGAUGGGCGGGACCUUCAUGGCUCUGGCUGAGGAGUACAGAGAUUACUUCAUCAGGAACCUGCACGACGCCCUGUCAGGACACACCUCCAACAAUGUGGCCGAGGCCGUCAGGUACUCGGAGCGCAGCAGCACCAAGUGCGUGGGCAUCACCAUCGAGACGCGGCCCGACUACUGCCUGAAGAGGCACCUCAGCGACAUGCUGGGCUACGGCUGCACCCGCCUGGAGAUCGGCGUCCAGAGCGUGUACGAGGACGUGGCGCGGGACACCAACAGGGGCCACACGGUGCGAGCCGUGUGCGAGUCCUUCCACCUGUCCAAGGACGCCGGCUUCAAGGUGGUGGCGCACAUGAUGCCGGACCUGCCCAACGUGGGCACGGAGAGGGACGUGGAGCAGUUCAUUGAGUUCUUUGAGAACCCGGCGUUCCGGCCCGACGGCCUGAAGCUGUACCCGACGCUGGUGAUCCGCGGGACGGGCCUGUACGAGCUGUGGAAGACGGGCCGCUACAAGAGCUACACGCCCAGUGCGCUGGUGGACCUGGUGGCCCGCGUCCUGGCGCUGGUGCCGCCCUGGACCCGAGUCUACCGGGUGCAGAGGGACAUCCCCAUGCCGCUGGUGAGCUCCGGAGUGGAGCACGGCAACCUGAGGGAGCUGGCUCUGGCCCGGAUGAAGGACAUGGGGACCGAGUGUCGAGACGUGAGGACGCGAGAGGUGGGCAUUCAGGAGAUCCACCACAAAGUCCGGCCCUACCAGGUGGAGCUGGUGCGGAGGGACUACGUGGCCAACGGCGGCUGGGAGACCUUCCUGUCCUACGAGGACCCGGAGCAGGACAUCCUGAUCGGCCUGCUGCGCCUGCGCCGCUGCUCCCCGCAGUCCUUCCGCCCGGAGCUCAAAGGAGGCGCGUCCGUCGUCCGCGAGCUGCACGUGUACGGCAGCGUCGUCCCCGUCAGCAGCCGGGACCCCAGCAAGUUCCAGCACCAGGGUUUCGGCACCAUGCUGAUGGAGGAGGCGGAGAGGAUCGCCAGGGAGGAGCACGGCUCCAGCAGGUUGGCCGUCAUCUCGGGCGUGGGAACCAGGAACUACUACAGGAAGAUGGGCUACGAGUUGGAGGGGCCGUACAUGCUGAAGGACCUGUACGGACCUGGGACGCACUGAGCCGGGGCAGCGGGAGUCGCUCAGUGUUUUAGUUUGAUCAUCUGCUGCAGCUCCUUCAGUCCGACGAGGAGAGACGUUGUUUGGGAGGACGCCAGAGCACCUAGUGGACGAGGACACUGCAGAGUCUGCUCAGCCGGCUCCACGGCAACAAAAACACUUGAAACAGCUUAGCGUGGUUUAGCAUCACGCUUUCACUUAAUCACGUUUUGUGCUGCGAGCAGAAAAGCGCGUCGGGCUGCAGGCGGUGAAUUAACGUCCCGCUGGGCGAUCGCACCUUCUUUCCUUAUUUACAGGACAGGAAAUUGAAUAUUGCGGCGACAGUUAAUCCUAUUAAUGGCGUUUCUGUGUUUUCCGCUGGAAUCCAGAUCACUUGAGUGUUUUUAUUGUUUUUUCCCGAGGAAUAAAGUCUAUUUCA